GCCAGCGCAAGUCGAGGCCGGACGCAAAGAGGCAUUCAUGAGCGUCAGCCGCCCUCGGCCGUAGUGCGUUUGCCCGACAUUUGGCUACCCGUGUCGUUAUGCCCGUCGUCGCACCGAGGUGUCCUUAGAUGCUGCCAUUAUGUCCGGUGACAGGGAUUAUAUCGGCUUCGCGACGCUGCCGGAGCAAGUGCACCGAAAAUCGGUGAAGAGGGGCUUCGAGUUCACCCUGAUGGUACUGGGUGAGACCGGUCUCGGCAAGUCGACGCUCAUAAACAGCCUCUUCCUCGGGGAUCUGUACAAAGACCGGCGAAUUCCAGAUGCGGCGGAGCGAGUGGCUAAGACCACCUCUAUCGAGAAAAAGACAAUGGAUAUAGAGGAGCGUGGCGUACGGCUGCGCUUAACGAUCGUAGACACGCCAGGAUUUGGCGAUGCGGUAAAUUGCGAAGAUACGUGGAAAGCGUGCUCGGCUUACAUCGAUGAACAGUUUCGCCAGUAUUUCACAGACGAAAGCGGAUUAAAUAGGAAAAAUAUUCAAGAUAAUAGAGUACACUGUUGCCUGUACUUCAUACCACCGUAUGGUCAUGGCCUCAGGCAGAUUGACCUCGAGGUAUUAAGGCGUUUACAUCGGAAAGUUAAUGUCGUUCCUGUAAUAGCGAAAGCGGAUACUUUAACCACUCACGAGGUGAAGAAGCUGAAGGAACGCAUUUUGGCUGACAUCGAGGAACACGAGAUUCAGAUAUACCAAUUUCCGGAUUGCGACAGCGACGAAGACGAGGAGUUUAAACAACAAGACAAGGAGCUGAAAGCCUGUAUACCUUUCGCGGUCGUCGGAAGUUCGACGGUGCUGGAAGUUGCGGGGAGGAAAGUACGCGGCCGGCAAUACCCAUGGGGUGUAGUGGAAGUCGAGAAUCCAAAGCACAGUGACUUCGUCAAACUAAGGACGAUGCUAAUAUCGACGCACAUGCAGGAUCUAAAGGACGUCACGCAGGACGUUCACUACGAGAAUUUUCGGGCCCAAUGUAUUUCUCAAAUUUCGCAACAAGCGAUCCGGGAACGGAGGUAUUUACGCAUCAAACUGAAAAGAGAUUCUGGACCGCAUUUUGAAAACAGUAUAUCCGACACGGACAGGCUUCUUUUACAAAAAGACGAAGAGAUACGAAGGAUGCAAGAUAUCUUAGCACAGAUGCAAGAGAAACUCAAAGCGACCGGCCAGGUCGGCGGCGGCGUCGGAUUGAGAGGUCGCGUGGGUAGCCUCGGCAACGACCUGGAUUCCGCGGAUGUGGAAAAGAAGCGUAACAGUAUUAUAGAUGUUUGAAGUAUAGAUCAUCGGGAUAUGUGUCCAAGUUACUGAGUUUAACUCCCGAGAGAUCUGUACAUAUUUCGUUCGACCUUUAACAAGUUUCAUACGACGUCUCAUUACACUCUCAGAUUCGAUUCGCACCAACGUUAUUUUAGCUUUAAGCGACACUUGAAUGUGUCUGUCUUUAUUUAUUAAAAAAAAAAAGAUAAAGGCAGAUACAUGUUUGAGUCCCACUUAAAGCCAAAAUAAAUUGAUGCAACCGGGCCUUAAUCUUGUAUCGCAUAAUACUUCUAAAUUAAUUUCUUUUUUAUUAAAAAAAUGCGAAUUUAAAGAUGAUACCAGAUUAGGGUGUAGAAUUCUCAAGAUCAUAGGUUUGAUAGAAACUCAUCACGUUCGAAAUUGGAAUAUUCUAUAUUAAGUAUACUCUAUUUGCCUAUUUUAUAAUAAGCGCAAUAAAAAUUUACUAAUUAAAAUUAAUUGAAACAAAAUAAAUUUGUCUCUACAAUAGAAUUAGAUGCUUAUUGAGAUUAUUAUGUAUUUUUUUUUCUCGAGCAUUAUGCUAUCUCUUUUCACUGUUGAAAGAGAUAGAGAUAAAGUAAGCUAGAUAAAGUAAUGCCAAAGAUUGCUUGCCCGCUAAAUAUUUGAUCAAAUUCAAGCUUGUACAGAUCUGUCGACAACAUACACCUCAUACAUCUCAGUGAUACGUGAGAUCAGAAUGUAUUUUAUACUUAAGAUACAUAUACACAUACUAAUUUAUACAAAUAGCAAACACACACAUUAUCAAAAAUUAUCGAAAGAUGUACACAUAUGUACACAUUGAAUGUUCGUUGCAAAACGAACCUAUAAUUGAUUGUACAAGCACCAAAUCGGUGGGGAAAUCUCUCAUUCCGUUUAUAACAAUGCUAAUAUAAAAUCUAUAAUCCCGAGUGUAUGCCAAAGAAAGAAUUAUGAAAGGUAUUAUAGUUAGACUUAUAUAGUUAGACUUACUUAACGUUCUAAAUAUACGCACAAUACAUAAUAUAUAAUUAUAUAAAAUAUACAUAAUUAUAUAAAAAGAGUGAGAAAUCAAUUGUCACAAACCAAAGAUUCGCAUUCGCAUGGUCAUAGUUUGUACUUUAAGUUCUUUUGCAUUAUGAGAAGAAAAUAUGUAGAUGUUUUAUAACAAUAAAAUAAUAUGCCGUAUAAAAAAUACGGUCAUGUCAAACCUCAA